CAAUAGGGCUUUUCAUCGAUUGUCAUUUGUUUCGAGCUUCUGUCAUAUGUUGUAUAGUCUGUGUAUAAUAUUAAUAUACACAGAUUAUACGACAUUUGACAGAAGGUCGAAACAAAUGACUGUGAAUGAAAAGCCCUAUCCAAAAUUUGUAUUUUGUACACGUCACACGUCACAUAUUUUGUAUUGUCCAUGUACAUUGUCCAUUGAUGUCCAUUUUUUGUUUGAGAAUUGGGAAUGGCCCUUUUGAUGUUUAAUAAACUAUUAAAAUAGAAAUAGAAACCAAUACAACUCCAAAGUUCCAUCAACAAUGGAAGUAAAACAAGAAGUUGGUGAGGAGACCUAUAAAAUAGAAAUAGAUAAUGACGUGAAUGAUGCUCCUCUGGAUCAUUUUAAAAUUGAAAUUAAGGAAGAACCAAAAAGUGAAAGUACAGAUGAUACCGAAACAUUUGAUUAUGUAAAUUUAAAUAAAGUUCCCAUAAAGAUUGAAAAAGGACAUGAUGAAAUACCUAUGUCAUCCAAACAAGGACAAACAAGUGAACAAAGCUUGCCCCAAGAGGAGAACGCAUUGGAAAGUACGAAAACAAUAUGUAAUAAAGGACAACAUUUGAGUCAGCCUGUUAAAGAAAAUACAUUAAAAUGUGAAAUUUGUGUUAGGCAGUUUGCUAGAAAAAAGAGUUUCAUUGCACAUUUGAAAAUUCACACUGGAGAAAAACAUAAGUGUGAGAUUUGUUUUAAGCAGUUUCGUGAAGCACGUAAUUUAAAAACACAUUUGAGAGUGCACACUGGAGAAACGCCUUAUAAGUGUGAAAUUUGUUUUAAGCGGUUCAUUCGUGCAAACGAUUUGAAAUAUCAUUUGAGAGCGCACACUGGAGAAAAACCAUACAAAUGUGAAAUUUGUUUUAAGCAGUUUACUCAAACAAGUCAUUUGAAAACACAUAUGAGAAUACACACCGGAGAAAAAACUUGCAGGUGUGAAAUUUGUUUUAAGCAAUUUAGUGAAGCAGGUUGUUUGAAAAAACACUUAAGAUUACACACUGGAGAAAAACCCUACAAGUGUGAAAUCUGUUUUAAGCAGUUUGCUCGAAAAGAUCGUUUGACUGAACACGUGAGAAUUCACACUGGACAAAAACCACACAAGUGUGAAAUUUGUUUUAAACAGUUUACUCAAACAACUCAUUUGAAAACACAUAUGAGAAUACACACCGGAGAAAAAACUUGCAGGUGUGAAAUUUGUUUUAAGCAUUUUAGUGAAGCAGGCAGUUUGAAAAAGCACUUAAGAUUACACACUGGAGAAAAACCGUACAAGUGUGAAAUCUGUUUUAAGCAGUUUGCUCGAAAAGAUCGUUUGACUGAACACGUGAGAAUUCACUCUGGAGAAAAACCAUACAAGUGCGAAAUUUGUUCGACGCAGUUUGCUCUUAAAUAUUUUUUAAAUUGUCACAUGAAAGUUCACACUGGAGCAAAAUCUUACAAGUGUGAAAUUUGUUCUAAGCAGUUUACUAGAGCAGAUAAUUUAAAAAGACAUAUGAGAAUGCACACCUGAGAAAAUCCUUUAUAAGUGUGAAAUUUGUUUUAAGCAAUUUAGUAAAGCAAGUCAUUUAAAUAAUAAUAAUAUCGUAUGUCAUUUUGCCGGGAGAUCCUUUCGGACAGGUUCCGGCGCCAUUUACAUCUUUAACCCUGUUUUAACUAGUGUCGAUGUUUUAGUGUCGCAAGUCAUUUGAAAAUACAUUUGAGAACCCACACUGGAGAAAAACCUCACAAGUAUGAAAUUUGUUUGAAGCAGUUUAUCCAUAACAAGUUGAAAAUGCGAGCAUUAUCAUAACAAAAACUUUGUUUUCGCUUAAAAAUAUUUACGUAUUUAAACGUUUUACUAUGUUUUAUUGUGCAAUUAUAUCCUUCUAAUAUAAAUAUUGGUUACUAUAAACGUACGUUACUCUUGAGAUUAAUUCAUUUUUUUAUAUUUAUACUUACAAUAAAAUUACCUACCUCAUAUAAUAUAGAUAACAUUUGAUAUCUCGUGGUUGAAUCUUAGGUUUUAAACCAUGCAGAACUUUUUAUCAAAAAUAACAUUUUUCUAUGGAUGCUAUACAAUGUGCAACUUCUCUCACUACUUACAAGCAUUUAAAGCGAACAAUUUCUCACGCAGUUAGAAAAGUCGGUCGUUGCAGUGAGAAAUAUUUUUUCUCACGGGUUCUCCGCCGGUUUUCGUACAUAAUAUAAUCGCCGUUUCCAUGGUAACAUGCAAAAUACAAACACAAUUAAUGUUGUCAAACAAAAUGCGUUGAAGCAAAACUUACCAGGAAUUACCUUUCAAAACUGUUCAAAAAUAACUGCUAAUUAGAAUUUUAAAUAAAUAAUGUAUAUAAAUUUUAAGACUACAUGUCCUUAUACCUACAUGUAUAUUUAUUUUAUUUCAAUAUAUGCAUAUAAUAUACCUACCUAAAAGCACGUAAAUUAUUUUAUCGCCAACCGUCACUAAAGUCAUUCAUUAUUGUACUCAUUUGACACCAUUUGCGGCAGUAAAGUAACACUUUAUUGUACUGAAAGAAGAAUUUUGCUUUACCUGCCGCGAUUAAUCAAAUUAACCGAGAUGGAAUGUAAGUGGUCAAUGGCAGUAAUCGAAUAACGAGUAUUUGAGUGAACUUAAAAUUUAUUUACUUCAAUUAUUAAAAAUAUUGUAAACAAUUGGUGAUAUUAUCAAUUAAAUUUAUGUCAAAAAGGAAAAUUCUGUAGUACCUAUUUUGUAACUAUAUUCAUAUAAAAUAAAUUAAAACUUUACCGAUUUAGAAAUUAUUCCAAUAUUGAUAACUAUCGAUUAAAAAUCGAAAGCGGCCAUCUUGCAAAAGUUAUCUGUCAUCACUGUCAUGCAAUUAAUAUAACGUCUAAAAUUUAAAAAGUUUUUAAAUUGUAAAUUGUAAGUAAGUGUUAAAACCAACAUCAAAUUGUUGACAAUAAAAUUGUGUAUGUACCACGUCAGUAAAGACUCUUUAUCGCAUCCAUAGAAUACAACACAUGAUAAAAUGACAUAUUUCUCCCUCGCUUGAUUUGCGGCACUCGACUUGUGCCUCGGCUCGUGUCAGCAAACUUCUGCAGAACAACAAAUUUCUGAGAAAUAUCUCUUUUUUUCUCAUUUGUUGUACAAUAUACUAUUUCUCGAAAAAUUAAAAAUAAAAGAUUCUCAUAAUAAUGAAUGUCCAACUUAAAUAGACACGCUGUUUAUAAUAUAUACAGUGAUGAGCUCGCUAAUAGCCGGUAAGAUAACGCAAAAUAUGGCAAACAUAAUAUAUUGUGAAGUAAAAAGAGGUGAAACUUAUAGAGGUGGAAAUUAUCGAUAUAAACGUAUAACUUAACAUUACGUUACAUAGUGUCCCACCUUUAUACGUGUAGGAGAAUGACAGGGGAAUUUUAUAAACUACUCCAGUCAGAGACCUCUAACGGUGGGAACUUUGUAAUGUAAUGUUCAUUUUUUUUACGUUUACAUAUAUUGAUAAUUUCCACCUCUACUAGUUUCAUUUCACAAUGAUGUUUUCCAUCUUUUGCGCUAUUUUACCGAUUAUUAGCGCGCUCAUCACUGGAUAUAAAUAUAAUAUACAUCAUACAUAUUAUUGGGUAGGCAGCUCAAAUAACAAAAAUAGUAAGCUGCCAUUUAACAUUACCUACCUUCGUUAACAUUAAAGCUCUUAUCUUACGAGAACGUGGACGCACGGCUGUCUUACGGGGAAACUGUUGAAGUAUCGUCUGAUAUGAAAAGCAUUGACUAGUUUAUCGUACAACGAAACGGGGCGACACCGUCGACGUGCGCCGUCUAUUGCUUCGGUUCGUGUCGUGCACGCCCCGUCCUAAAUAAAUCCGACUCUUUAGACUGCCAUUUUGUGAAUUAAAAUAUAAUUUGUGCUUUGUUUCUUUGUUUUAUUUCUAGUAUUCUUAAUUAAUUUAUUAUGCUUGCAAUCUUACUGUUAGUGGAGUCACUGAAGGUUUUCACCUCCGAUUUCGUUGAACCUCCAUCGAUUUUCAUGAAAAUUGGUGAGUAGUUAGAGGAUACCUCGAGCAACAAAGGUGAAAAUUAUUUUAUUAAAAAUAAUACCAUAAAUCGAUUUAAGGACAAAUUCGAAGCAAAAUUUGUUUAAAAAGUUAUUAAUAUAAAUCAAUGCUUUUUGAGUUAUUGAGGAUCAAAGAUUUUAUUUUUUCGUAAAAAAUGCUUGCUUUAAAGCUGUUUUUCACGUAUAACUAAAAAAUUAUAAGCUUUUACAAAAAAGUUAUUAUUACCAAAAUUGAAGAAAAUAAAAAAAAUGAUUACACUCCUCACUUAAAAAACUAAACUAAUGUUAAGUCAAAGCGAGUCAUGGGUAAUUGAAUGUAAAUUUUUUUCGACGAGUACUCAAGUCUAAGUAUUCAAGCUUAAAUAACGGGAAAACGAUUCAUUUUAUAAAAUUAACCUGUUAAACACUUCUCAAAGCACUUCGGAUUACUAUCAGUUGAGCUUCAGAAGAAGCUAAUAGCAUUAAAAUUAAGCAAGUUAUGAUGAAAAUAAGAGAACCCUUUCGAUUUUUUUGGGAAAGAGUGAAAAAUAAAACAAACGCCAUUUCCACAAAAAUUAAAAUUUGUAGUAAUCCUUACAACAAUUUCUUUAUAUUAGCAUAAGUAAUGAUUUCAUAUCCCGGUUUAUACCGGUUUAUAUAAAAAUUUGUUUUCAUAUACCGGUUUAUAUAAAAAAUUUUUUGAAAAAAAGGUAUAAUUUAAAAAUCUGAAUGUUUAAAAUGAUCGUAAUUUUCAUUUUCUUUUGAUAAUAACUCCAGAAAUACUCAAUAUACAUAAAAAAUGCUAUAUAACCAAAUUUUAGUUUUUUCUGUAUCAAAUAUUUUACGUUUUUUAUUAUUUCUGUAGGGUAAAAAAUAAUCGAGAAAGAAACGUUUAAAGCUUAAAUUUUGCUGCGAGAACCAUGUAACCGGGGCCAUUUAACCUCUUAUUUUAAAAAAAAAAGUAAGGGGUUUAAAAGAUUAAAUUCAACGCCGUUUAAUUUCCCUUGGAAUUAUGUUUCAAAUGGUUUUUAGUUGAACUCGAUAUCCUAAAAAGUAACGAAGUUAUUUAAAAAAAAAUAACAUUUUUUGGAAAAAAUUUUAAAAGAUAAAUUUUGAAAAAUUAUUGGAGGAUAAAUUUUAAUGGUAUCAACUUGUUCGAGGACUCAUUUGAUAGAUAUUUCUAAGUACUUUGACAAAUGUUUAAUAAGUUUAUGUCAUAAAAUACAUCAUUUUC